UGUUAGUCAUCUCAUCGUACAAAAUUUGCCCUUUUGCUAUGUCUAAUACAAACUUGCAUGACAUUUUUAAUAAUUUCGAUUAUGUUCCUAAUGAUUAUGAUGAUUUAGAGAGUAUAGCCAUUGCUGAAAGUCUUACGUUAGAGAGUGUUAUAGGGAGCAUUGGAAGCGAUAAUAGUGCAUUAAAUUAUGAUAUAGAAAUGCUCUUUCUUUUUAAUAAUGCCAAUUUUGAAAGAGCAAGAACACUUAUAGAAGAGGACAAAAAUAAUGAUAUAUUUUUAUUAAAAGAUAUUGAUACUGAUACCGAAGUAGAUGUUAAUACAUUAACAAUUUCAAUAUUUGAUUCAGAGUCAACUACAUCGGGAUCAACUGAUGAAAACGAAUAUUUUGUUAUAAACACAACAAACACUAGUGAAUCUUUAUCGGAAUGUCUAAUUUUGAACAUUAAUAAUGACAAUCAGUUUGAAGAUAAUACAAUACAGCAACAAGAAGAUUUGACUGAAUAUAAACGUCAAUGCAGACGUACUACAGAUAAUAAAAAAAAGAUACUAGAAAAUUUAUUUAAUUUUGACUCAUUUUCUGAAGAUAUGGCUGUUGAAGUUUUGAGGCAACUUCAAGAUUUUAGCAAUGAUUGGGAUAUGCAACGUGUUCGAAUAUAUUGGAAUAAUCAUUAUAAGCGGACAUGA